AUGGGCUCCCUGCGAAGCAGCAUGAGCGCGGCGGUGGAGAGCGUGGACGCGGAGGCGGCGUGUGGGCUGCUGGCCUCGGAGCAGUACGGGUAUGUGGACGUGCGGAUGUGGGAGGACUUCGAAAAGGGCCAUGUCGCCGGUGCACGCAACGUGCCCUACUACCUCUCCGUCACACCCCAUGGCAAGGAGCGCAACCCGGACUUCGUCGACCAGGUUGCGGCGCUCCACUCCAAGGAGGACCGGUUCCUUGUUGGCUGCCGCUCUGGGGUCCGGUCCAGGCUCGCCAGCGCAGACCUCGCCGCUGCUGGGUUCACGAAUGUGAAGAACCUGCAAGGCGGUUACCUCUCCUUGCUCAAGAGUACCAGUUACCCGCAGCCGCAAGCAGCAAACCACCAAUGA